AUGGUCAACAUUUGCUGUUUAACACUCGUGUUUGUACUCAAUAUUGUUGCGGGCAGUUGUCUGGACCCGAGCCAGUCUUCCCAUUGCUAUUCCCAUCAAUACUCAAACCCAUUGAGAUUUUAUGGCACAAAAACGACUUACACUGUGGCCAAAGCGACCCUCGAUUCCAGUCAACCCAUUGAUCACAAUUGGUAUUCAAUACCAAAAUGCAAACCCAUUAUGUUUUACUUCAUCGGCCGCCACGCCAUCAGAUAUCCCGACGGCGACGACAUCACCGAAAUGUCGCGAGUGUUGGGCAAACUUCAGCAACAGAUUGUCAACGCGUCGGCUCUGGGAUUGACACAACUGUGCGAACAGGACUUACAGUCCAUUCAUAACUGGAAAUUAAAUAUGAAUGAAACGGACGACAACCGGAUCAGUGAUACGGGAAUUGUUGAAACGCGAGCUAUCGCCAAAGACUUUAAACUAAGAUAUCCAACACUUUUGGACCCAACGAAGACAAUGAUCGAUAUCGGAGUCACCACUAAAGUGAGAACAUUGCAAACGGCCGACGCUUUUCUACAAGAAAUCACUUCCGAUUCCAAACCCAUUGAACAGACAUCAGAAGAGGACUACAGUGAGAGUGCGAGCGAUAGUGCGAGCGGUGAAUCUGCUGACAUAUUGAGUGAAGUAACAAAAUCCGAAAAGGAUUUACUGUAUUUUCACGACACGUGCGAAGACCUACUGUUAGAACAGGGCGUAAGACUUGAAAAGCCGAAACGUGUGAAAGAUUUGCGUAAAAGUACUUCAAUGCAAGCGAUUAUCAAACGAGUUAACGACAGGCUUGGCUUCGGUGCGGGCAAUGAGAUCGAUGCUAAAGUGCUCCGGCAUAUAGUGAGGGCCUGUUAUUUUGAAUUCGCUAUUUUCGGCCAAAACAGCGGCUGGUGUUCACUACUCGGUAACGACGAGAUCAAGAUUCUGGAAUAUUUAGACGAUAUCGAAGACUAUUACGAAGACGCUUACGGUCGUAAUAUAAAUAGCAAACAAACGUGUCCUUUGAUUGGAGAUCUGUUCGCAAAAGUGAAACAAUCAGUGAAGUCGUCGAAAGAUACGAAAACGUAUCUGCAGUUCACACACGCGGGUGUUAUGAAACGCCUGUACUCUGGUUUGGGUCUCUUUGAUGUAUUGCACGAUAACAUUGACUUUAAAUCUGAUGAAAGCGUUUGCUUGAAUGACGGCCGCAAUUGGAAGUCAUCAUUGAUUUGUCCAUUUAAUGCCAAUUUUGCGGCCGUUCUCUACAAAUGCAAAGACGAUAAGAAAAAUGUCGAUAAAAAGUAUGGAAAAUACAAAUUAUUGACUUUAGUUCAGGAGAAACCGGUGGUCAUAAAGGGUUGCGACUCAUACCUGUGUUCUGUUGAUAAAUUCAUUGAAUCGUAUCAACAAAUGUCAUCCAAUUGUGAUCUUAAAGAGAUUUGCAAAAUAUAAAUAUUAUUUUUUGUCAAUAAUGGUUUUUAUUUGGCAUCUGUUUUAUAAUUUAUGAAAUUAUUUUAAAUUUUUAACGACAAUUGUAUUGCUUUUGAAAAACAUUUUAUAUAAAAA